CGAGAUUCGAGUUUUUCCAAAGUAUUUAUGAUUUUGAGUCCAAUUAUUGCAACAUGUAAGUCAACCAGUUCGUUUCCUAUUCCCCAUGUACGAAAUUACAAGGCUGCUUUUUAUCUUCAUAGCACAACCACGGAAGUAGACGAAGAGCUUGUUUGCAAGCAACAGCAGCAAAAGCACUCUAGAUGCGGGCAAGAUCAUCUUCAUUCACCCGCCUCUCAACAAAUUCAAGCCCGCAAGAAAUAUUCAUGACCAGCUGUAGUACAACCAGAUCGUAGGAGCGACCACCCCGAGCAUAAUUAAUCUACGACGCAUCAGCUACAAAAUGACGAAAACCCUGGAGGAUUGGGUGCAGCACUUUGACAAUGUGGCCCAGCUGAUUGCGCAGCAACAGACCAGCGGCAACCACGGGCAGGCGCUCCCGGAGCCACUGUACCUGGAUGGGAACAUUCGCGACAUCAAAGAGGGCCCCAAGGGCCCCUUUGCCUUCAUCCUGCCCUCAACGGAACAGGUGCAGCAGGGCCAGAACGUGUUUGCCGCGGCCUGCAGCCUGCCCGACGAGUUUUUGAACAACCUGGACGGAUCCAAACACGUGCUGUACAACAGCCACGCCGAGGGAAAAAACCAGCUGUUCCGCGACUAUUUCCAGGAGCACUUUACUCUGAUGCAGCAGCAGCAAGUGGCCGCCGGGCCGAUCCCGGUGCGCUUUCGAUUGGAGCGGAACCCCUUGGACCCCACGCGCAUCCAGGCGAGCUGCCUCUUCCGCGUCACUAUGCUUUGCAAAAGUAAGUAUUGCUAGCGUACUUCGAAUAUAGGAAGAACGGAUUAUUCCGUUUUUUGUUUAGUUUCCUCAAGAUAAAAAUGAAGUUUGUGAUGCGAUUGGAAAUUUAAGUAAAAAAAGAAGAAAAACUGCAAGAACUACAGAUAUCGAUGCGAGACUGUGCAAUUCAAUAUGCGCCAGUGCGAUGAUACUUUUGGCUUCGGGAUAGUCCAUCUCUCUGUCGCGCCUCCCAUGAACGUCGUUUACCCCGUGCACUUGCGGCCCGGCAACGGCAUAAACGGCGACACGUCGAACAAAAACGCGCCCACCAACGCCAUCCAGCAGGGGGCCACGAAGAAGCCGCUCCCGUCCGCGGGCGGUGUGGCGCUGAAGGGGCCCUUGCAGAACACGUUUAACCCCGUGGCCACGGCGCCGCUGAAAGAAAUGCUCGGGUUCCGCGACCGCAGUCCGCGACGGACAAACAGCAACAACUCGGGAGGAGGGGGAGGAGGAACAGGUGGUGCUGGUGGCACCCCUGCUGCGACCACGGUACAGCAACAUCAACAAAUGUUGACCAAGCCCAAGGCUACUUCUAGCGCAGGAGCAGGGACUACAACUUCUUCUGCGGCGCAGCUUGGCGGCCUUCAUCUAGGCGGCAGCAACAACAACAUCAACAACAUCCCGCCACCGCAACCGCAUUUGUUGCACAAUGGUGCAGGAGCUCCACCUCCCGGGCUGCAACUACCUUCCCUCCCUGGGACAGCGACCUCCGCGUUGCAACAUGGGUCUUUAUUAUCCCAACAGCACCACCAGCUUCUUGGUCCAACGCCCGGGGGAUCUUUGGCACCUCUUAAUACCGUGCCCCCGGCGAAUUAUCCCCAGCAACAGGCACUGCAGCUGCAGCAAUCCAUUCAGCACCUGCAGCAGCAACUGUUGGCGCAGCAACAGCAGUUGGACCACCAGUCAUUCGGUGCUGGUGGUGGUGGACCGCAAGCACUCUACAACAACGGAUUGAACCUUCAGCUGGACAGCCUGCUUCAUCCAGGAACAGGCUCAACCAAUCUUCUACCCGGACAGCACAACCAACUGGUGCAGCCACUCCCGCCCCCCGCCGCGCCUCCCGGGAGUGCCGCAGCAGGCGGAGGCGGUCCAGCGCAGCGGAAAAACACGCUCAGUUCUACUUGCAGCGGCGCUGCAGCUACUGGUAGUACAACAACUCAGGCUCCAGGUGUGCAGCUGCCUCAUGUGGAUCAGCAGACCGCGGGAUUGAUGUUGUCUCAACUACAGCAGCCCUUGUUAUACCCAGGAAGUACCACGACCGCCUUCGGCGUCGGUGCCACUACAACAGGAGGCGGGUCUGCAAGAUUAUUAAACCCGGCCGCAGCUUCAACCACUACAACCUCGUCCAGCGGCCGCUACAAGUCGGAGCAGCAGCUGUUGGCGCAGCAGCUAAUCCCACCACCGGCGGGCACGAAAGGCUCUGCAGCAAGCAAAUCAUCCGCGGGCGGUGGAGCUGUUCUGACCGCGGACACCAUCCCUGCGCUCACGAACGGGGAGAGCAGUAGGUAUCGCACAGAACAAAAAGCUGUUUCAGUUGUAAACUUGUGAUGCGGAGUUGUAGAACACGCAGGGCAGGGCAUUCUUGAACGUGGUUUUCCCGUUGGGGAGAAGGCGUGGCAGAUUUUCUUCCUUCUGUUAUGUGUGACGAAGUAAGUAGUAAAAGGUGUCAACAUCGACACACAACUCCUGCAAAAUCUAUCAUUCAAGAUCAAAACUAUCGCAGUGAAGCAGCUUUUUCGUGCGAUAGCAGUACCGUCAGAAAGUACAAUAACCUCGGAGGCGCUGGUGACGGAAAAGACGACGACGAGAUGAACAGUAAUGACGCGGAUGAGGACCGUAGGAAGGGGACGCGCAGGGCUGGACGAGGUCUAAACGCCGCAUCUGGCCCCGUGUUUUCAGAAAACACUAUGGAAUACGAGUACGACAUGAAUAUCACAACGUUCUGGGAACUGUAUGUGGAGAAGAAGCAGCAGCUGCAAAACUUCAAGGAGAAGAAAAACCAGCGCAAGCACCGGAAGGAGCAACUGCAGAACGAGCUCAUUCCGAAAGUGGAAGACGAAUUGCAGGCAUUGCAGCGGGAGCUGCACGAGUUGGAACAAACCGAGCUGGACAGUAAGGUAGAGGAGUCGGAGGAGGAAAAGUUUCUCAUGGACGAACUGCGGAAUAUGCAUUGCAAAAGUAAUAUCGUAUCGGUCAAAAGUUGCAUAAUAAAACAAAUUUUUCCGUGGGAAGAAAAAUAAUAGAAUACUUGUGAUGGCGCUUAGGCCCCUUACGUAUAUGUUCCGCGAGACUAGAAUUUGUCAUGCACGACGGCAAUUACGAAUGCGAUACUUUUGCACGUGAUACGGAACAUGCAGGAGCAAUUCAUCGGUGGCGGCGGGAACGACCAGCAGUACGAUGACGACGGGAACAAUACUCAUUUUGCCGGGAAGACUUCAGCGAGUCACGAGUUAUACAGCUGAUCGAGAAAAAAGUAAGAUAGAACGCGACCGCGAGCCUUGGAGAUGGUAGGUAGGGGCGGAAUCACGUUUCCCUUGCGUGGGGAGCAACCACUACGUAAGUACUUUACAACUUUCAUUUCUUGGAGCGAGAGGUAGUUCUAACAUGUAUUCGCGCAAGAAAGUUAAAAGUAUGCGCGACGUCCUCGAGGACGACCGAAGAAGGCAACGCCAGAUUGGAAGCCAGUCAGGAAAAAAAUGACACGAAUUAUAGAAGCGGAGCCGUCUAGUACUUUUAUACCGGCAGAAGUACAACAACUCGUAGAGGAUCGCGGAAAGAAACGAGGAUCACAAUGAAUAUAGCGACGAGUUUUUUGAACUGAUUUGAAUUUUUCAGGUCGAU